CACGAAGCAGCCAAAGAUCAUCUCUAGCAAGCAGAGAGCAAGAACCAUCCAUGGCGGACCAAAAUCGAAGACCUUUAUCAUCAGAGGAGAAGACUGUGAAGUCGCCUAAUGUGUUAGAACGGGUCAAAGAAGAAAUACAAGCAAUGGGUCAUCAUGAUGAAAAGUCCAGGAGUCACCAUCGCAAAGAGACUCAUGGAACAAGUGACGACAUUGAUCAGAACACACCAAUUGAUGAUGUGAAAGCACCUGGUUUCUUUCAACGCGUCAUAGAAGAGAUCCAAGCCAUCUUUAACGCCGUUACUCCCAAGCGUUCUUCAAAGAAGUGAGGGACAAAACUGAGUCAACUCAACAUCGUAUCGUAAUGUCGUAACUCUAAUGUUAUAGUUUUUGAGUAGGAGUCUUUGUAACAAAAGCUCUGAAUUAUGUGUGGGGGAGUCUUUAAAAAGUUUAGUGAGUCUUGGAAUUUAUCAAUAAUGAAAUUUACAAUACUCUUGCAAAUGUUCUAACCCAAAGGUUAUUCCUGAUUGUAUAUUUCCGGUUUUGGGUUAAACCGUGUUUCUUAAUUGUUGUAACUUUGUUUAGAUUAAGGUGGUGGUGAACCAAGUUUAUAGACUCUCUCGGAUAUUGCUGGUGUAGAUCUUGUCUAGAUGUAUACAUUUACAUUCCAAAUAUAUCUGAACUCGUAAAAAUC